GCCGCGGACAGCAUAAAUUGUUUACUGUGCAGUGUACUCACCACAAACAUAAACAACCGCUCGUUUUCUCGUUAGCCAAGGGAAAAUAACAAUUAAUUGCACGUGAAACGGCGAUUUCUUCUCCACAAAAUGCUUACUGUUUACUGUAGGAUAUGUUUGAGUUCUGCGCAGUUCAACGAAAUGGUAUCCCUGUUUGAUAAAUACAAAGGAUUUUGCAUACGUGAUGCGUUGCUGGAUUUGUUUCAAAUUAAGAUUCUCCCCACGGAGAUGAUAUCAACUAUCUGCAAGAAAUGUGUGGUAAAGGUGUGUACUGCUCGCGAGAUCCGCGAAGAAUUUAUCGCACAGGAUCGCAAAUAUCGACAAAUGAUCAGCACUUCAACCGAAGAAGAAUCACCCUCUACGGAGCAGAUAAACGUUACCGAACCUUCGCACGUUAAUGCUGAACCCGCCGCCUCCGUUGAAAGCACUACCGACGAACGGGAUGAGCGUGAGGAUGCUACUAAAAAGGUCGAAACGCCAGACGAUGUUACAGCGAAACACUCCAUCACAUUGGAAAAUGGGGACAGUAAUUCCAUUAUCUAUUACGUGGAUCAGUCAAACGAAACGGAACGACAGAACACAUCAUCGUCAGAGUAUGAAGUGACAAUGGCUCAAAGUCCCGGGAAGUGUCUGGUACGAGUCCAUAUUUCUAACUGCAUGGAGGAAGGCGAUAAAAACACUGAAGACGACAAUGCCAGUGUUAAAGAAUAUUUUGAAUAUUCAGAGGUCGAACCUACGGACGAGAACAGUGGUGAGGACGAGCCGGUUGUACCUUGCGAGAGUACGUUUGUUUGCGAAUGGUGUGAGUGCUUCUUUGAUACAAAAGAUGCGUACAUGACGCACGCAUGUCCGAACCAGACGGAAAGUAUCCAGAAGGAAUUUAAAGGCGAAAGCAGGAUGGGACACUUUAAGGACAGCAGAAAUAAGAGAGCACGCUUGAAAGAUAAAAAGCAACCAGUUGUUGGUUUCGCAAGCAACAUAAUCUGCCCGCACUGUUCGGAUGUGUUCGAUGAGGAGAAACAGCUACUCGAGCACGGUAAGCUGAAACACCCCGAAGAGUUUGAAGCUAUCGAAUGCACCCAGUACGCGGAAGAGUUGGCUAAGCAUGAUGCACUGCACAAGCAUGAUGCAGUGCAACACCGAAAGAGCUACAGUUGUAGGUACUGCGGAAAGAAGCUGCGAAAUUUGAAUGCAUUGCAAAGCCACGAAAAUGUACACACCAAGCGGCAGACGUUCAGUUGCCCGGUGUGCAGCAAAAUGUUUGCCCAGUACACCAGCAUGUGGCGCCAUAUGCGGAUCCAUAACGAUAUUAAGGCGUACGAGUGUGAUAUCUGCCAGCAACGCUUUCGGCAGCGAACGGUGAUGUUAGCGCACCGGCUGAUACACACCGGCGAAAAACCGUACGUGUGCGAAGUUUGUGAAAAGAGCUUCCGAGAUCGUAGCACACUGGCCCGGCAUAGGCAGGUGCAUACAAAGCCAAAAACGAAGAAAGAAAAGUAGGGCUGGCCAUGAAUUAUGUAUAGGUGUCAUUGCCUCACAGCAGCUUCGUUUCAUUCUAGUUUCAUAUAGAAAUUUCUCUCUUCUUGCGCUAACGACCCCUUAAGCUCAUGCCUACCAUUUCUUGAAUAAGUCCUCACUAAGAGGGAAAGGGCUGGAUGGGAUUUGAACUUCGGUCCCCGUGCAUAAUCGCAGACAUUGAAAGUGAAUAGGCUCGAUCUCGAAUGCGAGAAACCUCCCAACAAUUUGAAACCAGGAACUCGACACUCGAUUGGGGCCAUCCGGUGGGUGAGAAAUCCGUAGACCCAGACCACCUUCCCGUACGCAGGGCUGACUACACUAGCUAUGGGUAAAAUCAAGGCACAGAUAGCCAGAGAGAUCUUCACACGGAAGCUCCGGGGUUCAAGUCGCGUGUGGGCCGUUCCUUCAUAGUGUGAGGGCUGACUAUCCAACUAUGCGGUAUCAAUAAUUUAGUCUAGUAAGCCAGAAAUGGCAGGCAUGAGCGAGGAGGUUGUUAGGCAAAGAAGAAGAAGAGGAAAACCAGACCUGUGGUAGGCCGCGAGUCCUUGCGAGGUUGUUAAUGCCCAAAGGUAGAAGAAGAAGUUACUUUAAAAAUUGCGUACUUAAAAAUGUCAAUAAAUUUAAGCGUUCUCUAACCGGAUGGUA